AUGUCGAGCAAAAAAAGAAAGUGGUCGGACGAAUAUGUACAAUAUGGAUUCACAUGUAUAACGGAACGUGAUGGGAGUCAGCGUCCUAACUGCAUGAUUUGCAAUGCCAAGUUAAGCAAUUCUAGUCUAGCACCGUCAAAACUGAGAGAACACUUCCUUAAGCUGCAUGGAGAUGGAAAAUACAAGAACACAACGCUCGCUGAAUUCAAGGUGCAGAGAGCCAGAUUCGAUGAAAAGGCUACUCUGCCUGUUCUCGGCUUUGUACCCAUCAACAAACCGAUCCUCAAAGCAUCGUACAAAGUUGCUUACCUGAUCGCAAAGCAGGGCAAACCACACACCAUUGGUGAAACACUCAUAAAACCAGCUGUGUUGAAGAUGGCGAAUAUCAUGCUGGGAAAAGCGGCUGAAGUUAAGUUAUCCCAAAUUCCUCUUUCAAAUGACACCAUCAGCGACAGAAUAGAGGACAUGAGCAAAGACAUCUUGGCUCAAGUAGUUGCAGAUCUGAUUUCAAGCCCGGCAAAAUUCAGCCUUCAACUCGACGAGACCACAGACGUUUCCAAUCUAAGCCAGCUUGCUGUAUUCGUGCGCUAUGUGAAAGACGACGUGAUAAAGGAAGAUUUUUUAUUUUGUAAGCCUCUUACAACAACAACUAAGGCAGCCGAUGUGAAGAAACUUGUAGAUGACUUCUUCAAAGACAACAAUCUUUCGUGGGAUAUGGUUUCUGCAGUUUGUUCGGACGGAGCUCCAGUCAUGCUGGGAAGAAAGUCUGGUUUUGGUGCGCUAGUGAAAGCCGAUGCACCACACAUCAUUGUUACGCAUUGUAUUCUGCACAGGCAUGCGUUGGCAACAAAAACCUUGCCUCCAAAACUGGCAGAAGUAUUAAAAAUUGUAGUGGAAUGCGUGAACUAUGUGCGAAAUAGUGCUCUGAGGCACCGCAUCUUCAGUGAGCUGUGUAAAGAAAUGGGCUCUGAAUUCGAGGUACUUCUGUACCAUUCUAACGUUCGGUGGUUAUCCCGGGGACAGGUGCUGAAUCGUGUUUUUGCCGUGCGUGUGGAAUUAGCCCUGUUUUUGCAAGAGCACCAACAUUGUCAUGCAGAUUGCUUCAAAAAUUCUGAGUUCAUUCUCAUUUUAGCGUACAUGGCUGAUAUCUUCGCAGCUCUCAAUCAUCUCAAUCAACAGAUGCAGGGCGGUGGAGUCAACAUCAUCGAAGCGGAAGAAAACCUGAAGGCUUUUCAAAAAAAGCUACCGUUAUGGAAACGACGAACAGAGAACGAUAACUUCGCAAACUUUCCCCUGCUAGACGACUGUGUAAGUAAGAUCGAAGAUGUAUCUGGAAUCGGAGACAUUUCUGUGCCCGCGGAACUGAAGCAAGCAAUUGCCACGCACUUAGAUGAGCUUGCAAAGUCUCUCGACGGAUACUUCCCUACAAGAGAGUCAUAUCCAGCAUGGGUGAGACAGCCGUUCACGUUUAGUGUUGAGACAACAGAUGUCAAUGAUGAAUACCUCGAUGAAAUCAUUGAAAUUCAGCAGAGCCAGGUUCAACAGCAACUCUUCAGAACAACAACGCUCUCAACGUUUUGGUGUCAGCAAAUGGUAACGUACCCUGUUAUUGCUAAGAAAGCUCUGGAGAUUUUCAUACCGUUUGUUACAACAUAUCUUUGCGAGCAAUCCUUUUCGAGGAUGCUGGACAUAAAAACGAAGAAAAGGAACAGACUUUGUUGCGAAAAUGACAUGAGAGUGGCACUUGCCAAGGUGAAGCCGCGCAUUUCUGAACUGGUCUCUGAAAGGCAACAGCAGAAGUCACACUGA